CAGCUUUUCAGACUUUUUUUUUUUCCAUUUGUGUUUCAAGCAUGAGUUUCGCGAAUUCUGAAUCGACUGCGACGACGUUGGCGGCAGUUCGCGCUGUGCUUGUCAAUCCCGCGAUCGCCGUGGCUGGCUCGGAGGACAUUCUGCGCGACGACGACUCAUCCGCAGCAACAACGGCAGCAACAGCAGGCGGCCCGCAGCAGCAGCAGCAGCAGCAGCAGGACGGAGCAUUCGCUGCUGAGAGCGGCAAUUCGAGAGCCAUGCUGCGCGCUGCUCAAGGUCGCCUCGUUCCAGACCGAGAUCAAGAGGAACACGAAGACGAAAACGACUUGUACAACCAUGAGGAUCCAGCGGUGGCAGCCGCUGCGCCAGCCAUCGACCGGCAGCGCAGAGCCGUGGAAAACGCGUUGGCGUUGCUAAACACGUACUGCGAAGCAUUGCUUCAUGCUCAGCCGACAAGUGUUCGCCAGGCCCAGUUCGACGAUCUCCUGCGCAACCAUUUCCCUCUGUCACUGCUUUUGAACUACCUCAACCCGGGAAAUCCAGAGUCGGUGUGGGAGCUGACUGUGCAAGUGCUUAAAAAGGUUUUUGUUGGAUGGGCGCCAGAUGCGGAGACUGCAGCUUGGGUCAAGCCGUUUGUCAUUCAAGGUUUCCACCAUCCUUACGUCGGAGUCCGCACUCUGAGUAUUUUGCAGCUGUCCAGAAUUGCGCGCGUUCAUUCAAACUUUUUGGACGACGAGCUCAUCACCCUCACUAUGGGGCUUCUUGCCGAUCCUUUGCUGCCGGUUGCUCAGCAAGCAACUGCCAUGCUGCUUGAUGCACUUGGCCAUGAGCAAUCUGGUGGUCCUCUACUUUCUCCUCGGUUUCAACAAACCUUGCUUGCAUUAUUUGCCAAAGACGCUGUCGUCAAGAUGCGUUGCUAUGAAGCCAUCAUGCAAGCAGGUCUGCAAUCAGAGCAAACAGCGCUCAGCCCGGCAUUGCAGCCUUUCACCGACGCACUCGUUCGUGACCUGACGCAGUCGUCGGAUAUUCUCUUGCAAGUCAACCUAGUUGAACUAGCUGGCGAGUUGUUGAUCACUCCUGCCGGCAACCGACUUGCCGAGAAGCUCUACAUUCACCGACACAUUAUUGCGCUUUUGCAAAAAAGCAGCGAAGAUCCUUUCCUGUCUUUCCUUGUACCGUCGGGACUCAAGUAUCUCGCCAAGGUGGCCGCAGUUCCCUCGCUGGACUUUCCCAAGUUCCUCGACGAACACCCCCAGAUUUUCCCCUUGCUUUUCCAGUUCAUGACCGGCACCGACAUGGUCAGCAAGCAAGCUGCCAUUGAUACCCUGGGAUGCAUUGGAUCGACGAGUUCCGGCUUUGAACUGAUUCGUCGCGCUGAUUCGACUGCCGAGGGCCGGAGCUUGCUCAAAGCAGCGUUCGGCGACCUUCUCACCCCGUCCCCGGACUUGCACAAUUGCGUGAUGAAUGCUUUUGCUUCUGUUAUUCUUGGCGGCGAGCGCGUGCUGAAAACUGGCGGUCUUUCCCACGACCAGAUGCGAGCGCAAUCUGCCUUGUUGAGCCGUUUGUUCAAGGCACUGCCAGGCGUUCCGUCUCUGUCAGCCACGAAAGCGAUUUUUGAUUACGCUCGUCAGCCAUUCCAAGAUGUUCGAUUCGCCGCGUUCAACGUCCUCUACGCAAUCGCUGCGCAUUCUUGGGGUCAACAGGAAUUGGCAACUUGUCCUGGUCUGCUUGAGCACUUGCUCAACCGUGCCACUGAAACAAGCAAAGAAGGCUCAGAGUGGAAGUUUAACAUCAUCCAGCGACUCGCACGGCCGGUUGUUAUUCCUGGAGACCCGUUCAGCGCAACCACCUUGUUUGGCGGCGCCGUCUACCAACGAAUUCACGACUACAUUGCGCAAGGGCCGUUCGCGGCUCAAGGCACAAUGGCUGUAUCUACUCUUGAAGCGUAAUUUUUGUGUCAUUUGUUGCAAUGGAAGAACAACAAAAAGGAUUCAUUCGACA